GUGACUUUUUUCUUUUUGCCACAAGUUUUCCACUCUGAAAGGAUGUUAGGGGUUUUGCUGCUUGCGUUCUCCUUGGUUACCAUUGUUCAUUCUGAGCUCUGCAGACCAGAUGCACAGAAUGCUUUCAAAGUACGGCUUAGUAUCAAAACAGCUUUGGGAGAUAAUGCAUAUGCCUGGGAUGCAAGUGAAGAAUAUCUGUUCAAGGCAAUGGUGGCUUUUGCAAUGAGAAGAUAUUCCAACAAAGAAACAACUCAAAUUUCCAAUGUGCUGCUUUGCAAUAUGACAGAGAGGGUGUCAUUUUGGUUUGUGGUCACAGACUCUGCCAGAAAUGUGACAACUGUUCCUGGAAGUGAAGUAGAGGCAGCCAUAAGGAUGAACAGAAACAGAAUCAACAGUGCUUUCCUACUGACAGACAACACGCUGCAGUUCUUGAAAAUUUCCUCCACUUUAUCACCACCCAUUGAACCCACUGUGCCUGUCUGGCUUAUUGUGUUCGGUGUUGUUCUUUGCCUCGUUGUGGCUGCAAUACUUUUCCUUGUUGUUUCAGGAAUCCGGAAACGUAAAAGAAAUAACAAUGAGUCUACAGAGACAGGAGAUUUAGAAGACAAAUGUGACACACCAGUGACAACAGAAAAUGGGAUUCCCUGCGAUAUACUAGAUUUAAAAGCAGGCCAGAUUAAUGGAGUCUACGCAGCAGAUGAUGAACGGUUCACACCACUAUGAAAUAUCAGUUUCUUUUUGGCUUCUUUGAGAGAGACUGCACUAAUUUUAUGUAGUCAUGACUGAUGAAUGUCAAACAUUAAGGCAAGAAAAAUAUGACUUGUCAGCAGGGCCUGCUCUAGCGUUUUUGCUGCCCCAAGCACCAAAAAAAAAUAAAAAAAAUCCGCGAUUGCAAUCGGCAGCAGCUCUACCGCCGCUUCAUUCUACGGCGGCCUUUCAGCGGCAGGUCCUUCGUUGCAAGAGGGAGUGACGGCCCCGCCGCCGAAUUGCCGCCGAACGGCCAGACAUGCCACCCCCCUCUUCAUUGGCCGCCCCCGGCACCUGCUUGUCAUAACCUUGUCAGUUAUUUUCCCUUGAGAGACACUUUCCUUGAUAAAACACAAACACACAAAUCUGUAUUACAAAGCUAAAACAAAGGAAAACACUCAAUUGUUCAUUAAACAUUUUCAAGAAGUGUGUGGUGGAAUGAGGGUGAAGGCUGUCUUACAUCAGAUGCUUAGUUAUUAACGAUUAUUUAAAGACAUCAUUAUGACUAGUUCAUUGUUCUUCUUAAAGUGAUGUCCCUAUUGGUGCUCCGUUGUAGGUGCGGCAGUGUCUCCUGCACCUGGUAUCGGAGAUCUUCACCAGAAGUGCCCGUAGGACUGCACAUGUGCAUCUUCUCUCUCUCACACUGUGCACAGGACAUAUAUAUAUAUAGCACUGUUUGGUCAGACAGACAGCACCAGUUCCUUCUUUAUUACCUUUGGUCUGGGAUGGAAGCCGCUAGCAGAGCUCGCUGCUCCUCAUAGAUAGUUCCUUACCUGAUAGAGUAGUUAGUAUUUUCCUCUUCUUCUUUCAAUGUCUAUCUAUUAAAAAAGAUUGUUUUUUGUUUUAACUUUAUCUUUACAGUUAUUCUCAUAGCUUAGGUUUCCAUUUAUCCCACUUCCCACCUUCCAGACUGGGAAGCCCUUUUCCCUUCACCCUUAUGCCCAGCUCUCCCAAGUAUAAGAGGUGCGUUCAUGCGGGGCCGCCUUCUUGAUAAUGGACAUCCACCCACAGUGUAUCCACUGUCUGGGAGAGGGAUAUGUCCCUCAAGUGUUCCCACUGCCUCGGCCUGAAACCCAGAGCUAGAAAGAAUAAGGAUAUUAGAUUGAAACUUCUCCUCAUGGAGAAAUCACUACAUCCAGGAUUGGACCCGGGCCCGGACUCUUCCCCAGAGAAGACUUAAUGCUCUGCCAGAUUGUCUGCCGACCCCAACUCUCCAUGUCCUGUGAAGAGAAAGUCAUCCGUGAUCAUGCAGAUGACAAGAAACAGGCUUCCUUCUCCUCACACUCUGAGGCUCAGCCCUCCAGAACACCAUCCCUAGCUAGGUCAGUGGCUUCAACCUCAUCUCACAGGGGACAUAGCUCCAGGGCUCAUCUGAAUACCUCUGGUACUGGCUCAAGAAAAUGGUCUAAUGAUCUUGUCCGGGCACCUUCAGCCCUCAGCGUCCUUUCCCAGCUGUGGGGACCGAGGCAGCCCGCUUGCAGGAGCUAUGGCACCAACGCCAUUUCUGGCACCGACGAAGCUGUUGGCACCGAAUAAGUCCUUGGCACCAUCAAAAUAGUUGGCACCAGCCAAGUCACCAGCACUGACCGAAUCAUCAACACCAAAAUCUUCGGCACCAGGCAAGUCUUCGGUACUGGCCAAGUCACUGGCACCGGCCAAAUCUCUUGUGCCAUCUUCUGAAACUUCAGGGACAUACACUCUCUCUCCAUCACCAUGCAUUACAACCGCACUGAUGGUGCUCCUUCCCCUUCCACAAGACUUCAGAUACCCUAAAGACCUCUGGUAUCUGACACUCCCAAGUCUCUGCUUCUUUGAUGGAACUUCCCCCCAUUUCUACCCUCCUCUCUGAACUCACGGUGUUCCUCCCUCUCUCUGCUGAGGACAACACCUCCCUUCCCAGUGAGGAGGAGGAAGAGGCGAAGGAGGACGAGGGCUCCAUUGUUCCCUCGACUACUGGACAAAUUGCACUGGCUUAUCCUCACUAUAUGCGGACUACCUCUGGCUCCCAAUCCUGGCAGUGCCACCAUGGAUGCAGCCACAUGUGCCAUUCCCACCAAACUGACCAUAUUGGGACCCUUGGGCCAGGUACAGGGCACAAUUUGGGAACCUUCGCAGAGAGCAAAGCCAGAGACAUACACUUCUCCCUUCUCCAUUGGUCUCUCACCCUCAGGAAGUCAAACCACCACUGAUACCAACUGAGGAGGAAGAGUAGGAAGAGGAGGCUCCCAACUUUACAUUUUUCCUCCUCCUUACCUGAUGAGGCAAUUAUGCCUCCAUCCUCUAUAUCUGCUGACAACUUCAGGCACUUUCAAGAUCUAUUCCAUAAGAUUGGGGACUCCCUAUAGAUCCCUUUAGAGGACGUCAAAGAUUAACAGUAUAAACUGCUGGAUAUCCUCCACACAUCCUCUUCCUCAAAGAUCGUACUACCGAUCAAUGAGGCUCGUCUCAAAUCUGCAAAGGUUCUGUGGCAGACCCUGGCUUCCAUCCUUCCAACCUGCAAACACGCCAACAGAAAAUAUGUUCUGGUGAAGAAUACUGAAUUUUUAUUUUCGCACCCCACCGCAAAUUUUUUGUUGGUCACUGCGGUGCAGGAGAGGAGCCGUCAGUACCAAUCUCGAUCUAGUCAUCCAGACAGAGAUUGGAAAUGCCUGGACCUAUUUGGAUGCAAGACAUACUCUUCAGCCACACUCCAAUUUAGGAUUUCAAAUUAUGAAGCUCUCAUGGCCAGGUAUAAUUAUCUGAAUAACUCCAAAUGGGAGGAACUUUACUAUGAUCUACCGGAGACCAAAAAGGAGCAAUUCCAGUCCUAGAUAUCAGAGGGACACCUCCUAGCCUGUAGAGCCCUACAAGCCUCAUUAGACUCUGCAGACACUGCUGCUCGAUCCAUCGCACUGCUAUGGUCAUGAGGCAUGCAUCAUGGCUCCACCUCUCGGGCUUUCCUAAGGAGGUACACAGUAGAGGACUUACCAUUCAAAGGCUAGAACUGUUCUUUGAGCGUACAGAUGACUCUUUGUAUUCUCUUAAAGACACCCAAGCUACAUUUUAUUCUCUCGGGAUAUGCACACAAGCACCAAAGAGACACUCGGGGAAGUACCAACUCCCACCGCAGUCCCAAACUCAACAGUAUACCUCUCAAUGGCACUUCAACACCCAAUGCCAUUGACAAAGGCCUCAGUCUAAACGUAGACAGCCCACUUCUCAAGGGUUACCUCUCAUAUACUGGCACCAAAGCAACAAUUUUGAAGGUGUGAUCAAGGCCCCAAGAAGCCUUCCCUUGUUCCAGUCAUCCCCACCAUCUCUGAUGUUCCAGUAGUUUGGUGACUGCUAGCUCAAUUUUUCCCAUCUUGGAGUCUCAUCACCUCGGAUAAGUGGGUUCUAGAGAUAGUCAAGGAAGGAUACUCCUUCCCAUUCCUAUUCUGCCUGCCCCCCGUUCCCUCUUCAGGGACCCCUCUCAUAAGUCCUUUCUAUGGGAAGAAAUAAAUCACCUUCUGCAACUGGGAGCCAUGGAACAGGUCCCUCCCCAACACACGAGAAAGGGUUUCUACUCCCACUCUUUUCUGAUUCAGAAGAAGCCCGGUGGCUGGUGUCAUAUCCUAGACCUUUGCAAUCUAAACAGAUUCGUCAAGCUGCAAUGUUUCAAGAUGGUUACCCUCUCCAUUAUUCUCCUAGCAUGAAACAAUGGGAGUGGUUCUCUGCCCUCAACCUCCAAGACGCAUACUUUCAUAUUUCUAUACAUCCUGCCCACAGAUGAUUCCUCUGGUUUGUCGUGAGCACUGACCACUGUCAGUACAAAGUACUGCCCUUCGGACUAUCCACAACACCUCGGGUGUUCUCCAAGGUCCUUGCGAUAGUUGCAACCUACUAAGGAAAAGAGGAAUUAUCAUUUUUCCAUACUUCGAUGACUGUCUCCUCGAGGCCCCAUCUGAAAUCUACACUCUCCAAGCCACCCACAUAGCAACAGACCUGUUCAUGAAGCUAGGUCUCCUCGUGAACCUAGAAAAUCCACUCUAAUGUCAGUACAACAGCUGGAAUUCAGUGAUGUGCAGUUAUAUGUCAUACAAGCCAGAGCCUUCCUACCGUCUCUCAGAUUCUCAGCUAUAAUGGAUCUGGUAUCUGCUGCACGUAUCUGCCCCCAGAUCUCUGCACAAAUAUGCCUCUGGCUUCUAGGCCACAUGGCAGCGGCCACGUUUGAGGUCAGGCACGCAAGACUGCACAUGCUAUGUCUUCAAGCAUGCCUCCAUACUGUUUACCUCCCCCACAAGCACAGCAUUCACAAACUUUUAUCUGUGCUGAGGCGAGUCAAAGACUAACUACUGUGGUGGACAUAGCCCAGCAACAUCUGUGUUGGAGUUCCUUUCCUACAACCAUCACCAGCUAUGAUCCUAGCCACCAAUGCCUCCCUAAUCAGUGGGUGGGGGGACAUCUACACAAACACUCAGUGCAGGGUAGAUGGUCGUCCACUGAAUCCACCUUACACAUCAAUGUCCUAGAGCUACGAGUGGUCUGCAGUGCCUGCCAAUAUUUCCUGCCUCUUCUCAAACAUCAUAACAUAAGAGUGAUGAUGGACAAUCUCACUUGCAUGUAUUACAUCAACAGGCAGGGUGGAGCGAGGUCCUACUCUUUAUGCUCGGAGACAAUCAAACUGUGGAACUGGUAUAUCCAGAACAACAUCUCCAUUUCAGCCACAUACCUCCUGGGACACCAGAACACCACCACGGAUGCAUUGAGCAGGGAAUUCUCACACGAUCAUGAGUGGGAGCUGGAUAUGUGAGCACUUCAACCCAUAUUCAACUGAUGGGGCCUUCCCACCAUAGAUCUCUUUGCCACGCAACACAACACCCAUUGCCCUCAAUUCUGAUCCAGAACGGGACUAUGGCAUGGAUUGCUGGUAGAUGUAUUCCUCAUAACCUGGGACACACCACUCCUUAAUGCCUUCCCUCCCUUUCCCUUCCUAUUCUGAGUACUUCGCAAAAUAGAGGAGGACCAAGCUCAUGUCAUACUAAUAGCUCCAACAUGGCCACUACAAGUCUGGUAUACUUACCUUCUAUGCAUGAUGGUAUGCCAACCAAUCUCUCUCCACCUAACACCGUGGCUCCUCUCACAGGACACAGGACACAUUUUCCAUCCCAAUCCAUAGAUGCUCCACUCAAAGUCUGGUUCCUCCGUGGUUCCAGAGUCCGGAAAUAAUCUGCUCAGACACUGUCAAACAGAUACAUUUGAAUAGUAGGCGUGAAAACAAUCAGACACACUUACAUUGACAAAUGGACUAGAUUUCACUGCUGGUGUGCCUCACAUUAGGUUGACGCAGCACACGCGUUGUUGCCACUUAUUCUUGACUACAUUCUACACCUUAAACAGUCAGGAUUGGCCAAUAGCUCUAUUAGGGUACAACUGACAGCAAUCACAACCUUUCACUCCCCUUUUGACGGCCACGCCUUCGCACACCCACUCACGAAGUGCUUCUUGAGGGGUAUUAAAUAUCGCUAUCCCCAUAUCCAAGACCCGACCCCCAGCCUGGGACCCCAGGCUAGUCCUACAUUCUCUGACUAAGCCCUCAUUUGAACCAAUGGCAACUUGUUCUUACAUAUACCUAUAAAUGAAAAUGGCCUUUUUUGUCUCCAUCACCUCUGCUAGACAGGUGGACAAAAUCGUGACCCUCAUGGCAUAUUCACCAUACACAGUGUUUUAUAAAGAUAAAGUUACACUACGCCCACACCCAAGAUUCUUACCUGAGGUCCCAACAUCUUUUCAUCUCAGUCAACUGUUACACCUCCCUUGCUUCUUCCCAAAGCCUCAGAGUAAUAAACAGGAGACAACUCUUCACGCCCUAGACCAGGGAUCAGCAACCUUUGGCACGCGGCCCGUCAGGGAAAUCUGCUGGCAGGCUGGGAAAGUUUGUUUACCUGCAGCGUCCGCAGGUUCAGCCGAUCGCAGCUCCCACUGGGCGUGGUUUGCCGUUCCAGGCCAAUGGGGGCUGUGGGAAGCGGCGGCCAGCACAUCCCUCGGUCUGUGUCACUUCCUGCAGUCCCCAUUGGCCUGGAACGGCGAACUGUGGCCAGUGGGAGCUGCGAUCGGCUGAACCUGCAGAUACUGCAGGUAAACAAACCAUCCCGGCCCAUCAGCGGAUUUCCCUGAUGGGCCACAUGCCAAAGGUUCCCGAUCCCUGCCCUAGACAUAAGACGCACAUUAGCCUUCUACUUGGACAGGACUAAACCCUUCCAGAAAUCUCCACAAUUAUUCCUCUCCACCACCAAAAGAUCCAGAGGCACUGCCAUGCCUAAACGCUUCUCUAAGUAGAUCUCACAGUGUAUAGGUUUAUCCUAUGAAGUCGCCGAUAGACAACCUCCUACCUCAAUCAGAACACAAUCCACAUAUUCGUUAUCUGCCUCGAUUGUCUUUCUUAAUAAUGUCCCCAUUGAUGAUAUUGGUAAGGCAGUCACAUGGGUAUCGACAGACACUUUCACCCAGCACUAUGCUAUUACCCACGACGCCUCAACAGACACUCUCCUAGGGAAGGCUGUCCGCUCCUUAGCAAUAUGUGUCGCUCCGAAGCCCCAGCCUUCCAACUACCGGUAGGGCACUGCUUUAUAGUCACCUGCAGUAGAGCACCCACAGGGACAUCACUCAAAGAAGAAGAGAAUUACUCACCCUUUGCAGUAACUGAGGUUCUUCGAGAUGUGUCCCCCUAUGGGUGCUCCAUUACCCGACCUCCUUCCCUCUGCUUCGGAGCCAAAAACAUAAGCUCUGUGCCAGAGAAGGAACUUGGGGCAGGUGGACCGCACAGCACUAUAUAUAUAUCCCUCUCACAGCGCGAAAGGCGGGAGGUGCGCAUAUGCGGGUCCGACGGGCACUGCUGGUGAUGAUCUCUGAUCCCAGGCACAAGGGGUGCUGCCGCACUUACAAUGGAGUACCCAUGGGGACACACAUCUCCAAGAACUUCAGUUACUGCACAGGGUGAGUAACCCUCUCUUUUCUUUCCCUGUAAUAAAUGUGAACCAAAUUA